AUGUGAUCACAGGGUGGGGACUAUGGACUCCUAUAUCUAGUUAUAUUAGCUGUUAAUAGCCAUCUGUGAUGAGCAGCAUAGAAGGAGAGUAGAAUCUUUUUUCCUUUACAGGAUCAACUAGAAACGCCUUACACGAGCAGCGCUAGCAGUCAGCAACUAUUUUGAUCUCCUUUGACAGACCGGGCUUUUCGCAUGCAAUUAGCAGUGUCUAAGCCAAUUAUUUUCAUAUUGAGGAGAUACACUGUUUCUGUGCUGACAUCUGAGUGAAUGCUCUAUUGAUACUGUUUCAGUAUUUAAUAUCCUGUCUGGCAGUCAGACAGAUACAGACAUAUUCUGUACUCUAGUCUUUUCCUCUCUUACUCUUUCACCAUAUAUGGGCCUGUACAUAUCAGGAUUGAUGUUUAGGGAUCCUUGCUGCUCGAUAUUAGUAUUGUGGCUACAGAUAUUUUCUUUCCAGCUCUCUCUCUAGAUUAUGUGUUGGAGUCCACUACUCCCAAUGUAUAUCAUUACGUUUUAGUGGUUAUGGUGUAUUUAGUUUAAUUAAGCCUAUCUCUUUUAUUAGGGAUCAUACCUCGGGUAGACCCUUUUCCAAUAAAGCUAUUUUUUAGAUAUAUGUCAUAUUAGCAUCUUUUGCUGAACUUUCUUUUUUGAGCUCCUAUUGCUAUUUCUAGCUUAGGAUCACUCACCUAUCUACUUACCUACUGUGUAUAUACAAGGGUUAUCCCCUAAAAGAAAGUUCGACACACCCCUAAGUUGGGAUUUUGGCAUCCAGGUGCCUUCCCUUCCUUCUACAGUUUUCAUUUCUAUUGUUAGAGGUUUCAAUACCGUUAAGUGUGUCAUUACAUUAUCACUAAUACAAUACAGAGACCAGUUCAUCAUGACUAAUUUCCUAUCCCAGUUAAAGGAGUCUAAUCAGUGGUGUACGGACAUAGAUUCAGUUUUUUCUGAUAAAGACGUAACAUACCUACCUGAACAAGACAACAUAAAUGCCAAGUUUAGAACGCUAUCAAACCUUUGCAAACAGCAGAUCAGGUUAGGGUGGGAGGUGACUUCACUUCAAAAAUAUAUAAGUAAGUCAAUGAUUCCCAGAGGUCUGAGAAUUCAGACCAUCCCUAAUAUAGAGAUGGAUGACCCAUUACUUUUGAAAGAAUGGGAGGACGCAGCAAAUUCCUGCUCCAAUAAAUUUAUGGAUAUUCUACAAAGGUUCGAAUCAGAACGGUUAAAAACUGUGAAUGAAAAAGUCAAUGUAGCUAUAGAAGGGAUACAGAGUUGUAAAGAUGACCCCUCCUUUGCCUCACAGGAACAAAGAUUGCAACAGAACCUUACCAAAUAUCAGAAUAAUGUCAAAAGUAGAAAGCAUGGUAAAUUUAUUAGAGAUAAUGAUGACUAUAAGAAUGGUAAGGUAUAUCGACGGUUUAAGAAAACCACCAGGGCUGACUCUGACCACUAUAUGACUUCAGACUAUGACACAUCUGAUACGGAUGCUGAAUCAAUCUCGGUUCCAACAGAUAUCACCGCACAAUCUAAUAAGGGAAUCCUCAAGAAAGGGGUGGCUUUUUUAGGACAGCCCCCCCGAGAGGGGGAAGUCCAAACUCAAAGGCAGACCCGUUACCGAGGCAGAGCACGCAGACAGUAUUAAUUGACGACUUGAGAGUAGUCAACCUGUCUGAUAUCACUCUCACUCCUACACAAACUAAGGUAUUAAUGAGAGGUUUAUCUUUUGUCCCGACCCCCCCAUUCAAUCAGUUUGAUUGGAUAAAGGACAUAAAUCUGUUCGGAAGGAAACUAGCCCUACACAAGCACUUUAAACUAAAAGAUGAUAAAAGAGCAAAAGAACUUGGAUUUAAUCCCAGAGAAUACCAAUGUCUGCAGGAACUGGUGUCUCUGUUGGAAGAUAAUGACACCACCCCCACAGCACCCUAUACUGAUCUCUGUACAAGAAGUAAAUUCACUCCUAAUUUUAGAGAGUUUAACAAUAUCUAUACUUUUAUAGAAUCCACUACUAAUAUGAUCAAAACCUUAAAUACAGACAUGCUGACAGUGAAACCCAGGGAGAACUUACCAAAGAAUGAAUGGAGGGCACUAUGCGAACUUAGGGACAAUGAUAAAAUCAUCAUUAAGCCCGCCGAUAAAGGCGGCAACAUUGUCCUUUUAAACAGACAACACUAUGUGCAGAUUGUGGAGGCCAUUCUCCUAGAUGAAGGCACCUAUAAACCACUAACGAUGGAUCCAUCCCAGAAAUAUCAAAGGGAAUAUAAAAUCCUUCUGGAUCAAGCUUUUGAUCAGGGGGUAUUAUCAAAGGAGGAAUAUGCAAACAUCUACAUUAAAAAUCCAACCAUCUCCACAUUCUACUGUCUCCCCAAAAUACAUAAGAAACAAGUAAACCUGACAGCAAGACCAAUUGUAUCAGGUACAAAUAACUUUACAAGCAAAGGGAGCAUAUAUGUGGAUAGAAUUUUACGCCCAUUUGUUAAAAACUUGCCAUCAUACUUGAAGGAUACCAAAGAUACCUUAAAAUGUGUAACAUCACUUAAGGUACCUAGGGGAGCGGCACUCUGCAGUCUGGAUGUGGAAGCCCUAUACUCCUCCAUACCACACCUAAGCGGGCUUGAACACAUUAAAUACUUCCUUGGGAAAAGGGGUGCCGAACACAAUACACACACGAUGUUUGUGUUAGAUCUAUUGAAGUUUAUCUUGACACACAACUUCUUUCUUUUUCAGAACAAAUACUAUCACCAGGUGCAGGGAACAGCGAUGGGGACGUCUUGUGCCCCUUCCUAUGCCAACCUGCACCUGGGAUGGUGGGAAAGAGAGAUUGUAUUUUCAGAGCAAUAUUCCAAAUUUACGGACUUCAUAUUUCUAUGGAAGCGAUACAUAGAUGACGUCCUAAUUAUUUGGACGGGUACUCAAACUCACUUCAAUACCUUCGUGGAAACACUCAAUACGAAUGAUCUCAAUCUGAGAUUCACCAUGGAAUAUGGUGAUCAGGAACUUAACUUCCUUGACUGUACACUCAGGAUAGCUAAGGACG